AGUACGAUCUUAUGAACAUCCUAUGUUCAUGAACCGCAGAAAUCUAUGAAUCUAUCGUUCACGUUGCUCUUUUCGUAUCCGGUCACAAGUUCUGAUCAGUAAAAUGCGAAGUGGAACACCAGUUCUCACCUCGGUUAAUCUGUGGCUGUUGAAUCUCAAUCUAACGGUCAGCGAUCGCACCUGAAGCGCUGAUCGUAUACAAGUUGCUCCCCCGGCGUUCAGCGCCGACGGGACGGGUCUCGGCCGAGCACCUUCAAACUCGCCUCCACCAGCGCACCCAACAGAAACCACCUUCCCACCCCCAAUCUCCGCAGGUCACACACACCCACCGCGCUGCAAUGCCGUUCCUGAGCCCCCUCCCGGGCGACGACGCCGACGACUACUACUACGGCUACGACGCCGGGUACCGCCGCGGCGGCGGCAGCGGCACCGGCGGGAAGAGCGCCAAGAAGGACAGGGGCAUCUUCUCCUGCCUCCCCUGCUUCACCCCCUUCUCGCCCGGGGCGGUGGACCCGAUAGCGCACCGCCGCCUCCUCUCCUCCGACUCCAGCGACAGCGACAACGUCGCCGCCACCGACAUCACCGCCGAUCUCGCCCGCCUCCGCCUGCGCUACUCCCGCCUCGCCGCCGGCCCGCCCGUCCGCCCGCGCGACGUCCCCGCCCUCGUCGCCCGCACGGACGACCCGCCGCUCGCCGUCGCCGCGCUCUCCUGGCUCGGCGGCGACCUGCGCCCGUCCUGCAUCCUCGCCCUCCUCCCGGCGCUGUUCCCGUCCCUGCGAACAGGCGAGUCCGAGGGCGACCUCUUCCUCCCCUCCAACGAGCGUCAGUCGCAGGCGCUCUCCGCCGCCAGGCGCCGCCUCCAGGCCCGCGAGGCCGCGCUGGACGGCGAGGUGGCCGAGUACCAGUCCACCUACGCCAUGAAGCUGGCGUGCGAGAAGACCAAGGAGGGGUUCGCCGAGACGGCGGCCGAGGAGGUGUGCAAGAUGGCGCGCGCCGCGCGGCGUGCCGACAAGCUGCGGUGGCGCGCCGUGGAGGCCGCCGUCAAGGAGGUGCUCACGCCGGCGCAGGCCAAGGAGUUCCUCAAGGCCGUCGAGAACGUGUCCGGCAAGGCCGGGCGGCACGGCGCGAGGUGGCAGGCGCGCGCUGGGCCCCUCUCGGUGCCCGCCGAGGCGUUCGAGCGUAUGCGUACCAAUGCCAGAGCAGCCGCAGAUGAUGCGUGGUGACCGGACCUCGCCAUGGCCUCUCCUUCUUUGAUGAUGACUGAAGCCUGUUGGGAUAGUUUCGUCGAUGAAUCUCUCUGCAGCUAAUGCUGAAGAGAAGAGAAAGCUGCUGCUGAUACAUGGUGAGCUUCAGAUGGUUUUACUUUCAACAAGGGCAUUGUAUCUGAAUCUGUGAACCGACGGCAGUUGUGUGAACCAUCGUGAAAUCGUGUUAAUUGAUGGAAUAUGCUCCUGUUGCCACUUUGAAGGAAUAUGCUCAUAGUAGUUUUGUAAA